AUGAACACGGAUCAAAUACGACUAUUCAUCAACAUAUGCAGCCUCAUUCGCGAUGAGAUCGCCCUGACUUACCCAUCAUAUGUCGACACCGAAACCUCCGCUCCACCGUUCUUUCCAGAAUCACAGGCCGAGUGGAUAUCUGUCUGCCUUGGGAUAACAACCGAGCAGAUAGACAUCCUGUGGGCUGUUUUGCGUCACACCAUCUGGAAGAUGGACGAUGCUGUAAGGCAAUUCGAAAGCCUUGCCGAUCUGUUCAUGGAGAGCGCCUUUGUUUCGUUAUUUCCUCCUUACCGCAAAUGUCCACGGCCCGAGUGCAAAGACCGACGCUCGGAGAUGCGCAGAGAGCAUGUGCGAGACGCGAUCGUCUUCACAUUCGAGCGCGGCAUACAAUGGGCUAAGUCGGUUCACUUGACCUGUAUCGGCUGCCAUACGAACUAUCGUCCCACCUACUAUGUUCCACGCGUCAACGUUGGUAAGCCUAGACGCCAUUAUUACUCCAAAUUCCCCCGCUAUAUACAAGUGGACGACCACCACUAUGUCGAGACUAGAGUCGCCCAUCUAUGGACGCAAUCCAUGAUGAUUAGCGCAACCGCAGCAACAAGCUGCGCGAAGAUAUACGAGCAAACAUUCGCUCGUCAGCUCUCAGACAUCGAGAAACACUACUUUACCAAGCCUAAGCUCCCCUCCGCUCUCUCUCGACUUCCCUUCUCGCCCAGACUUAGAUCUGAUCACGUCUGGACGGCCUUUGUCGUGCUCGCUCUCAUUCGGGAUGCUCGUGCCCAUCGCCGGAUUCUUCAUGUCCCUCACACAGGCGAGCAACGUGUUCGUUUCGACGCUGCCAUGCAAGAUCGCAACCUGCGCACCAUUGCCUUCGGUCAGCACGAGAUCCGACAUCAUUGCAAGGCCUGCAUGCGUUUCUACGAGGAAACAGAUGAAUCGGGCACUGUUAUUAUCAAGAGCUGCCAACCAGUUGUAAGCGAUGGCCUUACAAUUGGUCAUCCCUGUUGCAAGACCUUCCGAUGCACGAUACACCUCAGCAAGAUUCGAGACCAUUACUGCGGCGAAUGCGGCAAGCUCUACGCGAAUAAAUGCGCCGUCGAGACCUGCAAUGAGGUCAUCAUGCUCACACCUGAGACGAAGAGGACAUGCGCUGACGAGGUCCACCGGCAGAUGGAAAUACAGAACGUUCAGCGCGGCCAAUCGCUGUUCGUGCUUACCAGUCGCCUCACUCGCCAACGAAUCUCGGCCCCGGAUUUUGACGCAGAGACCGACGACGACACUCUUAUAUGGUACGAAGUGGACGCGCAAAAUCGCGUCACUCAACGCGUUAACACUCGCCCCGUCAAUGUCGGUGUGUCCGACACCGACGCCGACAGAACUGACCGCCAAAUCAACCCCCCAAACGCUACGUGUCCCAGCAAGACUCCGAAGCGCCAGAGAAUCUUACUGGCUCGCCGUCGUACCGCCUGUGAGGUUACGCUCAUACGGCCGUGCGGUAUCAUUCUACAGCGCGGCACCAUGCACGGUGCAGAAGCUGUCUCAAAUGUCCUUCAAAUGACCAAGGCCACGUUCUGCGUACCUGGCGCACGGAAGCCAGAGAUCUUUAUCUACGAUACGGCUUGCGAGGCGAAGCAGCAGGCGAUGAACCUCGACGACGACUGGUGGGACGACGUUCACAUGGUCGUCGAUCCCUGGCACCUCGUAACGAAGCACAAAACCACUCACGAAUUUUGUCAGAAGUACUGUAACCCAGCAAGCUUCCCCGAGCUCCUGCGCGAAGAUGGUAAGGGCUGGUGGUUUAAUUCUUCAGUCGCUGAGCAGACGAACGUUUGGUUGGGCAGCUAUCAUUCCAUUGUGAAAGAGAUGCUGCCCAUCAAGUAUAAUUUCUUUUUAGAUGAGAUGAUUCGACUACGAAACAUAGAUACUAUACAGACCUUGAAGGACAGAGGACGUUGUCCUCAAUACUACCCUGUGGAGGACGAUAGCUAG